UGUGCCCUUUUCAUGCUUUUUAUUACACCGACAUUCUUGCUCCUGCACCCCUCGGGAGCACCCGGGUGAGAAGCGAGAGCGUUUCACAAGCUCGGUAGGUUUAGCCGACACAUUGACCUGCUUGACCUCUAUCAGGCAUCGCCAGCUUGACCGGCUUUGCACUUUACUUUUCCCUUCUAUCAGCGAUCAUGUCUGUCAUCAUCGAGCAAUACAACAAGGAAUGGCCGCAGCAAUUCGAAAGUAUCAAGUCACAGUUGGAACAUUACCUUCAGGACGUCGACUACCUAUCGAUCGAACACGUGGGUAGCACAUCAGUGCCUGGCCUUGUCGCCAAACCUAUCAUCGAUGUCGACAUCAUAGUUACUCGCGACAAUGUCCAGCCUGCUAUCGACACUCUCAUAGCGAAGGCAAAGUUCGACUACCUUGGGGAACUGGGUAUCGAGGACCGUCAUGUCUUCAAAGACCCCAACCAGUCUUUGCGCCAUAACAUCUAUGUGUGCGUCGACGGUGUUGCACAAACGCGCAAUCAUCUCAGCUUACGUGACACGCUACGCUCAAACGUCGAGUUGAGGGAUGAAUAUGCACGUGUGAAGCUCGAACUUGCAGCCAAGACAAACAACAUCAUCGACUAUAUGAUCGGCAAGGGAAAUGUCAUUCAGAAGAUACUCAAAGCCUCUGGUGUUCUGACGAAGGAAGAACUCGCAGCCAUCGCCCGCGCAAAUGUAAAAGGCGAACGCUUUGGCGCCAUCAAAACACGUCGUUUGCUCCUCCGCGAGUUCGUCAUGAAGGAUGAGGAAAGCUACUUUCUUCUCGAGGGAAACGAGCAAAACGCACGUUAUCAGGAAUGGCCCCCACGUACACGCCAAGAAGCUCGUCAGCUCGUCCUGGAGAACAUUCGCAACCACAACGAUGUACCCCGAACCAAGUACGAACUUGCUGUCGAAAACCUCGACGAGCAGUUCAUCGGCCGCGUAGGCGCCAAGACGUCUCAAGCGAACUCCGACUCCCUACCAGGAGAAACCACCAUCAAGCCAGUCACCCAUGCCAACCUCUGGUUUUCCUUCUUGCCUUCUAUGCAAGGUCAAGGUUUCGCUACCGAAGCCAUGACGGCUUUCAUUGAUGCUCUGAAGGAACGACUGCAGGAUCAAGGGAAACUAGAAAUGGAGAUUGAGUGUGAUCCAAGGAACGAGGGAAGCUGGAAGUUAGCAGAAAGGCUGGGGUUUGAAAGACACAGCCUCACGAAGGAGAAAGAGAUGAUCAAGGGGGAAUGGGUGGAUAGUCUGGUCCUGAAGAAGGUCGUUGGAGACGUGCCAUAUGCAGCAAAACAUGUGAGAAGAGGCAGCAAAGUCAGCAGUAGUAUGCGGUUGAGUGCGACGGAGCUAUUUGAAAGCUGCCACUAAGAGAGUACUUGUUGCAGACCACUGAUGGUGCAGGUUCUUGGCCUCAAGGAGUCUUUCAUUUAUCCUAACGACCGAUCCUCGAAACCUUUUGAGGUCUAAACGAAUUUUGUGCAAAACUUCGGACGCCGAUUCCCAUACUCCAAAUUCCUCUGUUAUUCGUGCGUUGUGUUCAGGAUAGCGUGAACGCAGACUACUACCAAUGAUCUUCCCGACAUAAC